CUGGAGGAAGGAGAGAGAGGUGGGGAGGAGAGAGACCUGGAGGAAGGAGAGAGAGGUGGGGAGGAGAGAGAUGAGGGGUCUGUAUCUAAUUCUGGCCCCCCUCCUCGCUGGGAGGAGUUUUUCACCACGGAGAUACUGACGGACAGCCAGACCAGCCAACCAAACUCCUGCUCUCACACAAGCCCCUCCCACUCUCCACUGACAGGCUCCCAGACCCCAGAGCUGUUUGUUGAUGACUUCGUCACACUCCCCUCGCCGUCAAUUCCUCUCUCGGCUGGGCGAGGCCCGAGUCAGGCUGACAGCAUGCUCAUCCAAUCAGAAGACCGGUGUCAGGGAGAUGCAUUGACCAAUCUGGAGGCUUGGGGGGAGGAGUGUGGCAGCCACACUAACCAAUCAGAGCCAACGGAGUCUCAGAUGUCUUCGGACUUUGACAUCCCGUCUACGCCGGAUUCGGACCGACCCGGACCAGACGAGCUCAGCGAUCUGUACAGGAGACUGGCCGCUGGAGAGGAAGUGGUCACCAGGACAGGAAGUCAGUCCCUCUGACCAACUCUUUGUAUAGAGGGAAGAGGAAGCGAUUCAUAGACAGUCAAUGACCAAAGCCAGCUGCUAAUGCAGUGGUGCCUAUGAGAGAGCAGUCACCUGCAGCAGUCUGGAACAUUGUGGCCAUGAUAUACAGUAGCUUAGUCAUUUCCCAACCAUAGCACCCAAUGAUCGUUCCAUCCAGGUGACUACUUUAAAAUGGUGGAAGCCCUCAAUAUCCAGGAUAUAUGGGAGAGGGGUCCAGGAUAUAUGGGAGAGGAGUCCAGGAUAUAUGGGAGAGGAGUCCAGGUUAUAUGGGUCCAUCUCUGUUAUAGAGUCAAUGGAUGAUUGUGUGUUCUUGACAAUGUCUUCCUCACCUGAAAAUAGUUGUCUGUUUUUGUCCAACUUCAAGUCAAUUGAUUAAUGCAGAUAUACGAUUUGAUGUGGCGCCUAGGAAUUAUCUACACAGACCUUCCCCAUGAUACCUUACCCACGCCCUACUGUUAUAGAGACACCUUACCCACGCCCUACUGUUAUAGAGACACCUUACCCACGCCCUACUGUUAUAGAGACACCUUACCCACGCCCUACUGUUAUAGAGACACCUUACC